AGGCUGAUCGGCUCCCAGUUUUCGUGCUGAUGCACUUCGACCAGAAGGUAGUCGUCUCGAUCUUUAUGCACGCCGAUAACCGCGCCACCGUGCCACGAAGAGGCAUGCUUUUGAGUUUCGAACUUUACUUUUCGCAUCCACGCGCCAAAGUCCGUAGAUUUCGAUGUUUUCACUUGGAUAGGAUACACGUUGUCGCCAUCCUGGGUCUCGUCGCCCUCGGGGUGAUUCCACGGCACAACAGACAUGUCGUGGGACACCUCCGACAACCUCCGCACCCGAAAUUGCUCGCCUAGUGCUUCUGCAAGUCUUGCAAUUCCUUCGUCUUCGGUAUCUAUUUGCUCCUGGCCGUGCGCCACUUGCUGUAUGUUGCGCCAUUUCUGCCCAAACUUAUUGCCUUUCGGACUUUACACUGCUAGCGGUAAAGUAGUCAAGUGUAGUGGUGGGGCCACUAUCAGUUUUGAUGUGCUGCUGCAAACGGAUAUGCAGAAUGUGCUUAUUUACGACGUAAUAGCGGAAUCUUUAGGGUCCUGACACUGGUAAUGCUCGAAGUGUGUUUAUUUUCGCAAUGCAACUUCCUCAGGUACCUGCGACCGACCUGAUUUCGACCGAGAUUGAUCCUAGGCUGGUCAUAUUGUACGCACAAGGGCUGCACUAUCACUCUCUGCGCCGACGUCUCAGAAUUCGCCUUAUUCGGGCAGAUUUGCAUCCUACGCAAUGCCUAUAUUUGUCACCAAAUCUGUCAUGCGCGGCCUAAUGAUGCGACUCUUCCGCAAUGUUUAGUCACCGGCCCUGGCGUUCCUAGAUGGUGCAACAAGGCCAGAACUCCUCCGUAUACCCUCCAUAUUGCGCCGCGGAAACCACUGGUCGACGGUGCCCGGACACGUGAGAAAGAAUCUAUCGCACUCCCUUAGUUCCGUGCUAAAAUUACUUACAUUUCGGGUCAGUUAGUAGCUAGUAGUACGUAAUUUAGCUAGCUAAUGCGCCUGCAGGUUUAGCUAGUUCAGCAUGCUAAAAACAAAAAGAAUAAGCAAGAAGCGGCGGCGCUGCAUCCAGUCCAGGACGUUGGUAGCCCGAGGCUCCAGGCUCCGUUGAGCGUCGAGGUUCGGGUCGAAGUAAUCCCGGUUUGCCGCGUCCAGAACUUGCUGCUCCCACCCGCGCCAAAAUCUCCGGUGGCUAUCCGCUUCCUAAAUGCUAAAACCUAAAUCUCCGCUACACGACUGGUCAACUCGUAAUAGCAAAAUUUUAAAUUUUUGUCUGUGUCCUUUAUUUCAACGUAGUACGGUUUACGUUUAAGAGGCCUACUAGAACUUUUAUGGACAG